AUGGCCCACUCUUCCAGAUCGCUCGAUAGUCUAGUAUCAACACUCGUGCCUCAGGCAAGGAGAAAUGAAGCCCUUAGGCGCGAUUUGACCAAACAUUGCGAAGAAAUACUAAACAGCCACAUCGGCACGAGUCGAGAAACAGAUAUCGGUCAUCUUUCCGACCUCAUCAAACGCCAGCUCCUCCAAACACAUCCCGAUGGUGUUACUUCGCUCCAGUUCACGAAUCUCUUGUCUAGAUUGCUCGAGCAGCCCGUACUGUCUCGCAAGCAUGCUUCUCUUCUCUUCCUUCAGACCCUCGCUUCUUCACCGCGAACCUCAUCAUUUACCUCCUCAUUCCUGCCCGCACUCGCCCCGCCGCAACCCACCUCAACACGUUCCACUCCCGCUCCUUCACCCGCUGACACAAUACCCAAUUCACGACCACCACGAGGAAAGUCAAAGGCCCAACUGCUAAAAGAUUACCGCGCGAAGACCGGCAGACCCCAUCUAUCCGAAGAUCUUCUACUCCGUGACACAUUAUACUUGCUCCAAGGCAUUUCCGGAAAGCAUGUCCGAUUUGCUCCAACCGAUAAUGACGAGCAAGAGAUGAACCUCGUUUUUGUCGAAGACCCUCGAUACAUCAUACCCCCUGCUACCCGAGCCCUUAUUCACAGACUUUCCGAAGUUGGCCAUCUAUAUACUCUCGUAGACACUUUCGUCCGAGAUCGAGAAGGCAAGCCAGGGGUCGGCAUGAUAGAACAAAGUCUAUGCCACCAUCUACAGUCUCAGCUGACGGAAUACUACCGCCUCAUUGCUAUUCUUGAGUCGCAGAUGACAUUAUCGUCUAGAGGAAGCUCAGAUGACAAGCAUUCAAGAGGCUUGACCUCCUCGGACUCCGACGUCCGUGCAGAAGAGAGUGGGUUGACGCUCAGACGGCUAGAUGUCUGGGUUAAUGAGUGGCGACUGCGCAUGAGGAUGAUGAGCGUUUGUGUUGAGGCCGCUCGGGAUACCAAGGGAGGAGCACUCGUCAACCUGAUCCACGGCUACACCGAGAAUGGAGACCCCUUCGUUCGGCACUUCACAGACCAACUACUCGAAGAAGUCUCCAAGCCCUUCUUUGGCACCCUACAUCGCUGGCUUUUCUCAGGCGAGCUCUACGAUCCCUAUUCCGAGUUCUUUGUCUCCAUAGAUCCCGAGCUCGCACAUUUGCAAUACCUUCACCCGUCCGUCCAACCUGGCGGACCUACGUCUUUGUCCGGUGACGGAGGCUUCGGGGGUCUGGGGGGAGAUAACGAGGACUUGUUGGGGGAGAACCAGACUGGCCGGGCCUUGUGGGAAACGAAGCACCAGUUUCGGAAAGAAAUGCUUCCGACGUUCGUCGACGAGGAGUUUGGCAAGAUGAUAUUCUCCACGGGGAAAAGCUUGAACUUUAUUCGCUAUAGCUGCCAUGAUAGCGAUUGGGUCGCCACUCGGGAGAAAUUGAGCAAUACCGGCGGUACCCUCCAGUACAGUGAUAUCUCCGGCUUGGAGCGGUCCAUUCAUGCCGCCUAUAGAAUAGCGAGUCAUCGGCUUUUUGACGUGUUCUUUGAGAAGUUUAAGCUCCUGGAUCAUUUGAAGGCGUUGAAGAACUAUCUUCUGCUUGGCCAUGGCGAUUUUGUCGACCAGUUGAUGGAGGCUUUAGGGCCAAAUUUGUCGAGACCAGCAAACGCACUUCAUCGACACAGUCUCACAGCAACCUUAGAGACUGCAAUACGUUCUUCAAACGCGCAGGACGAUCCACCAGAUGUGUUGCGACGAUUAGAUUGUCGUAUGCUGGAAUACACGCAUGGGGAGAUCGGAUGGGAAGUGUUCACGUUAGAGUAUAAGGUGGAUGCGCCUAUCGAUACUGUGCUCGACCCGCCGGCCAUGAUCGAUUACACGAAGCUGUUCAAGUUUAUGUGGCAGAUGAAGCGGGUGGGCUUGUCGCUUACUAAAGGAUGGAUGAGGGUGGCGAGUGGAACGAAGAUAUUCAUACAUGUACCUGAGCUUGAACAAGAAUGGCAUCGGAUCAGAAUCGUCGUAGCAGAGAUGGUGCACUUCAUACGCUCACUUGAAGCCCAGUGCCACCUCGAAAUCAUCGAGCGAUCCUGGCAGGAACUCAUCGAUUUCAUUAACCGCAAGGAGAAAGGAGACUUGGAUGACCUCAUUGCCGCGCAUCGGAAGCACCUGGACAGGAUGGUGAAGAAGAUCCUGAUGAUCGAUGCACGGUCGCGUAAGGAGGGGGUUCUUCUCAAUAUGGUACAGGAGGUGUUCACGAUCAUACUGCAGUUCCGCGAAGCCACGGACAACUUCUAUAACCACUGUCUCAGCGAAUCCGCUCGCCGAGAUACCGAACGCGAUACUCAUCGCGGCGUCUUCACAGGCCACGCCCGUCUGAGUUCGACCCAAGUCCCCGCAAGCCUGCAACAAGUCAAAGAAUACGGCGCAGCGUUCUCGGAGCGUAUGUACACGAUCGUGCAUCAGCUUGCGGGUCAUUCGGAUCUGGACGUCCGGUUCUUGGGUACGAGGAUGUCGUUUUCUGAUUAUUAUCGGUCGAAGAGGGAUAAUAAUUCGUCGAAGGCGUGA